GACGACCUAUGUAAAAGUUCAAUAUCGCUAAGUAAUAUUGUUAUAAGCAAUUCUAACUACACGAUUGUAUUUUCGUUUCGCGCUCAUUCGCGGUGUUUUAUUUAGUGCGUAUUUUUACUCGUAUCGUUUUUUUUCCGUUUUUUUUUUUUUUGUUCUCCGACAUGGACGGUGGAAACACAACCGAUGUGAACAGCGGAGCGGACGAUUCCGAGGACGUCACCAGGAUCCCGUUACUGCUGGAAUUCGACGAAACGGAAACGGUGAUGGAACCGUUAAUCGCGGAUAAUGACUUAUCGGAAGCUGAAGUGGAAAUCAGAACACAGGAAGAGCCGGCACAAGAGGUGUUGGCGACAAUGCCGUCGGCGGACCUGCCCGUCGCCACUGCGGUCGUCGUUCGGCUGGGUUCAGGGGCGGACGACGAUCUGUCCGCGGCGGCGGAGGCGGAGGAUGACGCCGGAGCCGAAAACAUGGACCGUCGCCGCCGAGGCCGACGCCACCGGAGCCGGCGCAGUCGCGGCCGUCGCAGCCGGAGCCGGAGCCGACGCAGACGGAGCCGACGCGGCCGGAGUCGUAGUGACCGGAGCGAAAGCGAAAACAGCGAAAUGACCGUCGUCGUGGAGAUCGUCGACGAUGACAACGUGCCCACCGAACGGGCGGCCGACAGAAGUCGCGGUGGCCGGAAAGCGUCCCGGGGCAGAGGCGGCGGUCACGGUCGCAAGGCCGGCGGUCGCCGUGGAGUCGCCAAGAGGGCAGUGACCCGCGGCGCCAGGAAGUCUACCAAGCGCGGUCGCAGAGGCCGGAAGACCGCUGGCGGCGAGCCGGCGCGGAGGACGUUGUGGACCGACCGCCUGCGUUCCCGCAAAACUCGUCGACAACAGAAAGCGGGGCGAUCGAAAUAAAAUCCGUCGACCGUCUGCUGGUUCCGUUACGGCGUGAUAUACAUAAUCAUAUAUAAUAUAAUAAAUAAUAUAAAUUAAAAUGUAA